ACGCUGCUAACUUUUAUUAUCCCAAACUCCUUUUAGGCUUUCACUGAACAGCCUAGUGUCGACGGCUCACUCUCCGUCUCCAGCUACAACUGAAGUACUGAACUAAGAACUCAAGCUCUAAAAAUGGCAAUUUCAGCGUCUCCAAUUUCCUCUUCACUACAUAUCAACGUCAACUCUCGCAUUUCUUCUUCUUCUCCUGUUCUUCCUCUAUUCAACGUCUCCUCCAAGUCCAUCAUUCGUCAAUCAAACAUUAUCAUCUGCUCCCAGAAAUCAGGAGGUGGAUUGACAAGUGAAGAUAAGCAAGCGUUAUUUGAAAGAUACGGUCUCGAUCCUAAACAGUUCUUAUCAGAAACCUCUCCUAAGUCAAGGAGGAAAAAGGAAGUUAAACAGACGGGAAGAGAGAAACGAGUCCCUGAAGAGGAGGCUAAGCCACCUAGGAUGACACAUAGGUUGCUACAGGUGCUUGGAGGAAAGGCUAAAAGAAAAAAGUUGCUGUCACCAAAGGGCAUGGAUGUGCGACCAAUGAUGGAAGUCGUAAAAGGAUCUGCCUUUGAUAUCUUGCAGGCCGCUGGUGGCUGUCCUGCAUCUUUAAGGCCAGGUUGCUGGUUGGACUUGUAUAGCGGCACGGGAUCUGUUGGCAUUGAAGCUAUCAGUCGGGGUUGUUCUGAGGUUCAUUUUGUUGAGAUGGAUCCCUGGGUUGUUUCAAAUGUUUUACAACCAAAUUUGGAGUCAACUGGGUUUCUAGAUGUUUCGGUGAUUCAUACAGCUAGCGUGGAAAAUUUUCUUGAACAAGCAGAGCAAUUUGUAGGAAGGCACAGAACAUUUGAUUUCAUUAGUGUCACACCUCCAUAUAUGGAAGUUGACUAUGGGAUACUUAUGGAUCAAAUUUCAAAAUCGGCGUUAGUUGGAGAAAAUACAUUUAUUGUGGUGGAGUAUCCUCUAAGAACUAACAUGAUGGAUUCAUGCGGUUGCCUUAUAAAGAUUGCUGAUCGAAGAUUCGGUAGGACUCAUUUAGCGAUUUAUGGACCCAAGUGGGCUCAAAAGAAGAGAGUCAGAAAAGCCACUUUGAACAGCAGCAGAAGUUUGACCAAAAGUCUACAAGCUGAAGGUGAACAGUAGCAGAAUCCAAGCUCAAAAUGGUUUUGCAUACACCUCUACAUGUUGCUGUUUUCAUCCUUGUCGCUAUCAGACCACAUGAAAGUAGCCGUAGUGGAUAUUUAGGUAAUUUCCUGUAGUAUGGCAUAAUUUUGACUUAUUUUGUUGCUCCUUUAAAAGUUGCAGUCUGUUAUAUUCGACAAGUUUCAUGUUUUCUUUUGUUUCUCAAUAUUUCCUGGGUGCCUAAUAUUCUUGAUAAUAUUGAGAGAAAGCCCAGUGUAUCAGGCUCAUUUUGAUAAUUGUAAGGACCUAAACUAAUUCUGUAUUUACUAGAUGGAUGUUUACAAUUAUAUUUUAUCACUAAUUUAUUACCAGUUUGUCAAA